AUGGAGGCGGCGGGCGGGCGGGCGCUGCGGUGCCUGCUGGCCGCGCUGGGGCUGCUCUCGGCGCUCAGCGCCGCCGGGACGCUCUUCCUCCUGGCGCAGUGGCGGGAGCUGGGCGCGGCGCUGCGGGAGCUGGAGGCGGCGCGGCCCCCCGCGGCCGACGGCUCCGUGCGCGCCCCGCCGGGCGCCGGGGCAGCGCCGCCCGCGGCCGCCCGCAGCAGGCGGAGCCGCCGCGGCCACGUGCGCGCCGAGAACGACGAGAUGCUCCUGAUGCUGACCUACUCCAUGGUGCCGGUCCGAGUGAUGGUGGAUUUAUGUAACAGCACAAAAGGGAUAUGCUUAACAGGUCCCCCAGGUCCCCCAGGGCCUCCUGGACUGGAUGGAUUGCCUGGCUACAAUGGAUCAGAUGGAGCUCCAGGUAUACCAGGACAAAAGGGUGAACCCGGAUUAAAUGGGAAAAGAGGAAAAAUAGGUGUCCCAGGACCAAAAGGUGAUCAAGGAGCAAAAGGAGAACCUGGAGAAAUGGGUUUACCUGGCAAGGAUGGUAUGCCAGGAGGAAAAGGUGCAAGAGGAGCAAAGGGUGAAAAAGGAGAUGCAAAUAACGAUGUGAUAUUAGAAGGUGCAAAAGGUGAUCCUGGACUGCCAGGGCCCCCUGGACCACCUGGGCCCCCAGGACCUCCAGGACCCCCAGGAAAGCGUAAAGGUAAAGCACAGGUUCAAGAGAACAUAUACAACAGCAAAUGCACAGGUGAGACAUGUGCUGUACCAAAUGAUGACACUUUGGCUGGAAAAGCUGAAGAUAGAACCAGUGAUCAGUCAAAAAAACCCGAAUGUGUCAUAACAUCUGUAGGAAGUCCUGUUCACCUUGUCAGUGUACAGCAAACGUUUGGAACUUGGAUGCGGGAACCUGCAAAUAUAAGUGAUGAAAGGAUUUGGCUUACCAUGCAUUUUUCAGGAAACUCUAUAAAAGAAUAUGAGAAUUCCAAUGCGUUGCUGAAUGACAGCUACAGGAUCAUUAACAUCACAGGGUUCUUCUAUGGAUGUGGUCAUGCAGUACAAAACAAUCAUCUGUACUAUCAAAAGGGAGGAACCAAUGUCAUUCUGAAACUUGGGCUUGAUAAAGCAUCAUCGGGCACACUGACAAUUGAAAAUGCCUUAUAUCACGGUCGUAACUACCUCUUUUCUAACUCGAAGACGUAUUUCAAUGUAGCAGUGGAUGAAAAGGGUCUUUGGAUUAUAUAUGCCUCAAGUACUGAUGAAAAUAUAAUAGUAGCACAUAUUGAUGAAGAAACAUUUUCAGUCAUUCGGCAUAUCAACACUACAUAUCCUAAGUCUAAGGCUGGUAACGCGUUCAUAGCAUGUGGAGUUAUGUAUGUUACUGACACUAAGGAUAUGACAGUAACUUUUGCUUUUGAUUUACUAAAAGAGAAGCAGAUUGAUGCAAGCUUUGAGUUACGCUCUUCACAGUCUGUUCUUGCUAUGCUUUCAUACAGUUUAAGAGAUAAGAACUUGUAUACAUGGGAGAAUGGGAGUUUAAUGGUAUACCCAGUACGUUUUGGCAGAUGAAUGUAUUAUAAAAUGGCAUGUCAUGGGAGCCAUGUUUAGCUGAACAGAUUAUUUAAAGCUGUAUCAUCUACACAGCCAGUGGGUCUCUUCACUUCUCCGUACACAUCUGUUGGCUGAUGGUGGCUUGUAUGCAUGCAUAAAAGGGAGAUCAGACCCCUUUGUAUAAAUACACUUAAAAUUAUACAGGCCAUUCUUGGCUUUUCUAGGAGAAGAGCUGUCCAACAUUGCAGCUGGUACCCAGCAGAGACCUGCUUUUGUUUUUUCCUCUGUUAUGCAGCCUAUAAUUACAUUUAAUGUACACUGAUUAUUCCAAAGUCAUGUGUUCAGCAGUGACUAUUUUUAACUUGCAGUUUCAAUUACCUUAUCUGCAAUCAUUUUCCAGUCAGUGAUUAUGGCUUAGUAUAAAUGUCUAAAUAAUGAACUUUUGUAGUGUACAAAUACAUUUCUCUGUCAUUUUCACUUAAUACUUUCCACUGACUCUGUGAAGUUUUUUGACAAUGAUAUACAGCUGUUAAAAACAAUGGGGAUGGAAACAGUUCUUUCUUUACAUAGGAAAAAAAAACAGAAAUUUGAAUUGGUAAGUCUGACCAACUGUUAUAUAAGCAAAAGCAAAAUUACUGGACUACAAGGAAAAUGCAAAUGAUAGCAUUAUCAAGUAUCAUUGAAGUAUGUGAAAUUGUGUUGAGUGACAGGGAAGGAAAGUAAUUGGAUACAAAUUGAUGAAAGAUUGAUUAAAGAUGUAAAAAUGUAAGAUUAAAACACCAUUUUUAACAGUUUGAGUUGCUUGUGUAGCUGCAGACUCCUCCUUCCUCCUCACUUGUAUGUAAACUAUACCAUUUCAUGGAAGUAUAACUAACUUGCUUGUACAGUUUUAUUUCUAAUAAAUCUUUUCCCCAUUCAUCAACUGCUUGGGA